GGCGGGGCCGCUGCCCUUUUCCCCACCCCCGUCGCCUGGCCCCUGCCUCCAUCCCUGCGCUCUGCCCGUCGUCCCUGCGCAUCUCGCUCGUCCCACCGCCGCACCAUGAAGGCGCUCCUGCUCGCUGCGCUGGCUGCGGUGCUGUGCGUUGAGAGAGCCCACACACUCGUCUGCUUUUCGUGCUCAGAUGCAUCCUCCAACUGGGCCUGCCUGACGCCUGUCAAGUGUGGGGAGAACGAAAACCACUGUGUGACAACGUAUGUCGGAGUGGGAAUCGGUGGCAAGUCUGGCCAGUCUAUCUCCAAAGGAUGCUCUCCCAUUUGCCCCAGCGCCGGGAUUAACCUUGGCAUAGCGGCUGCCUCUGUCUACUGCUGUGACUCCUUCCUCUGCAACAUCAGUGGUUCCAGCAGCGUGAAAGCCAGCUAUGCGGUCCUGGCCUUGGGGGUCCUCGUUAGCUUCAUCUACGUUCUCAGAGCUCGCGAGUGAUGGGGCUGGCUGAGGAAGACUCGUCUUCCAUUGGCUGUCACAGGUCUCAUUAGCCAAUAUCUUCUCUGUUACUAUGUGCAAGGAGAUCUCUACUUCUCAGCAGGCUUCCAAGGUGGUUGUUUCCCAGACUUUAUGCUCUUCCAGCGUCGGAGACCUGGGCGAUUCAGCCAAGCUGUUCUUCUCCUUCCGUGGACAUAACCCCACUGCACUCUCACACCUCCUUGGCAAAGGUGGAUUGUUUUGGAAGAGUUUCUGCUUUUAUACCUAGUACUCCCCUCGUUUUUAAGGUUGGUUAAAACAAGGCUGGGACUCGCUGAAAACCAAUUAACCCCAGACAUCACCUGGUCAAGUGUUGAGACAUUCCUGCCUCUCGCCUCCAUGGAGGUGCCUGGUACCGGUGUGUUCCAGGCACUGGGAAUGCAUGACCUGAAGGGAAACACAUUCCCCCCUUGCAGCUGCAGUCUCUUUUUAUAAAAUGGUUUCAUUUUUUCCGAUCCUGGGCUGACUUUUCUGGAAAACAAAUGACGUGUACCUUGUCCUUCCAAGUUCUGUAAGUGCCAGACCUGAAUAAACAUGCUCCUGUUGUUACCUGAAGUGGGACGUGUUCUAUGUGUGUUUGCUUACUCCAGAUAGAGAGAUAAGGAACGCUCUUAGAAGAAACCCAAAUAUGCCCGGCACAAGGGCCUCUUACCCUCUCAAGUGAAUUUUGAGUGCUUCAUCUCAGCAUUCCUACCAGUUCACCUGCCAGCAAGUCCAUCUUCUUCCUGUCCUUUCUGAUAAAUGCCCCCGGGCCAGCUUGUUUCGCCUCUCUUGGGAAUCAUGUUUUCCAGGUGUAUUUUGUGAAAAAAUGACAGUUAUUGCGGUCUGAGUCCAUUACUUUUAAUGGAGCGAGCGCGCUGGGAACAGGACCUCUAAAAAUUAGUCUGCAUAUUACAAAGAUUUGGUGCCUCAAUUCCCUCAGUUUGGACAUGUGAUGAUGAUAGACAAUAACAAUGAGACCUAAAUGAUCCAGGACAACAGGUCUGUUUGCAAAGUUUGGUGAAGCCAGAGGCAAAGAUAUCACUACUCAGAUCUUUAGGUUCAACCUGCAAUCCCUGGCUGAUGGUGCACGUGGACUGCAGAAGGUGACACCACCAAACCUGCCACUCCUGCUUUCCCAGGAUCUUCCCAGGUGUUUCAGCAGCGUUGCUCCUGGAAAUUCUCAGCAGUCCCAUCGGAGAUAUAUCUUCCAACCAUCUGGGCUCAUGCUGGUUUUCUACCUGCUUUGCCUACCUUUGGACCUGCUAGACACAAAACAAGCCAAAAUUGAGCCUUAAAUUGCCAGGCAAAAACUUGCUGUUGCUUCCACUGAUUGAUCAGGGGUGCACUAGGUUUUUUUUGAUUCUUCUAGCAGCAAAAAGUCAGGUGUAGCAUUGGUUCUCUUUAGCCAUGCCCUCCUCAUAAGUGAUUCAAACGAACCUCUCAAGCUGCACACUAAUUACACCUCUAUCCCCAUUUAAAUGAGUGAUAAACAGAUUCUUUGGAAAGGUGGUAUGCAGAUGUGCAGAAAUGUUUUCAACAAAAACAGUUAACGUGGUUUUUUUCCUCCUUCUCCCUGUCUUUUAAUUAAAAUAACGCAGGCUAAUGACAGCAUUUACAACAGGAGGGACUGGUCAUCGUGAUGUGACCCACAAUUAGAUGAUGAGUUUGGGAAGAACGCAUCGCUGGUCUCAGUCCUCAGAUGUGCCUUCCUCUGGUUAACGCAUCCUCCCUCGCCUGCUGGGACCACAGGGCUCGAGGUGUGAUGUAAAAUUCUGCUAUGCAGCUAUAUAGCACGGGGAAAAAAUUACUAGAAAUGGAGUGAAUAGUCCCUAGCUUCCCUGUGCCUGAGCCUUCCUCCCAAGAGGGCUACAAACCUCAUUUGCAGGGUCAAUUCGUUACUUACAGUGAGUAGAUGCUGUAGUAAGACCCAGGCAGCACCCAGAGUACUCUUACCUUGCAAGUAAUGGGACUGUUAACUCUUUUCUAUCCACCUGGUAAAAGGUAUCUUGGUUUGGGACUGUAUUACCCUCACAACAUCUCUGCUGUGAGAAAAGAACUGAACUUAAAAGUCAUCAGCAUAGCUGUCUCCUAAUGCCUGUUCAUGACUUUAUGAGGCUUUGGAGGAUGCCACAUUGGACAGCCUAUGAGCUUAAGCUACAAGCAGGGUCCUGAGAUCUGGUUUUCUCCUCCCAUGGCCACUUCCUUCCUAUGUCAACAUUUCAGAGGUUGCUCGUGCCAAGGUUAUGAAAGGGAGCAAGGGCUGGCAGGAAGAGCAUUCAGCAGGCUGCUUACCCUGUAUGAAUAACAAGUUAUAUCAAUGGUAUUGCCAGGGGACAGAUGAAGGUCAGUUCACACAUCUUCUUGAGGCUAUAGAUGAUGAAUCGAUUGCAUAUGGAGAUUUUUUUCCCUCUUUACUCUCAUUUUCUCUUUCUCUCCUCCUCAUGUGCUUUAUUCCUGUAUGCUCAGCGUAUGGAAGAAGAGAUAUUUGCAGCUUUUCCUACCAAACACGCGGCAAGGGUCUCUUUGAUAGAUGUAUGUGUAUUUGAGAGAGAGGGAGGGUACGACAGCUUGUCAAAAGCAAGAGGUGCUACUCAACAGUUUAAUCCUAAGCAUCACAUCAUCAGUUUUGCCCACUCAUAAUUUGUGGUCCUUCUACAGGUGUCUUUUUGCUCCCAAAUCCCCAGCACCAGAAAUCAUGUGAGAACCUCAGCUAUUGUAAAGCCCAGGAGGGAAGGGCCUGAAAAUAUACAGCUGUAGUAAUUUAAAACAUUAAUAAUAAUAAAAAAAGUAAAUAGCAAGAGCCCAGCAUUUAUAAAACAUUAAAACUGGAGGCUUGCUACAUGAAACACCUGAUUUGGAACUUGAGGGCCACAGUGGGACAGCUUGAAGAGCUUUGAAUGUGUUUACUUGGACUGUGAAAUUAGACAUUGAAGUUGCAGCAGAAAACUCAGAUCUUCACAUUUUCUGAUAGGAUGAGAGGUUAUGAGGCAGCUUUGCUCUGUGCAGGCACAAAAUAUCCCAGAACAGUUUUCACUGGGUGUCAUGGUUUAACCCUAGCUGGUAAGUAAGCAUCACGCAGCAUGCGCUCACUCUACUGCAGUGGGAUGGGGAGAGCAUUGGAAAGGUAAAAAGUGAGCAAACUCGUGGGUUGAGAUAAUGAUAGUUUAACAGGUAAAGCAAAACAAGGAAUUCAUUCACUGCUUCCCAUCACCAGGCAGAUGUUCAGCAAUGUCCAGGAAAGCAGGGCUCCAUCAUGUGUUGCUUGGGAAGACAAACAUUAUCACUCUGAAUAUCCCUCGCUUCCUUCUUCCCCCUCCCCUUUAUAUGCUGGUGGACAUCAUAUGGCAUGGAUUAUCCCUUUGGUGAUUUGAGAUCAGCUGUUCUGGCUGUGACCCCUCCUAGCUCCUUGUGUACGUACCUUCAGCCUACUCACUGGUGGGUGGUGUGAGGGGGGGAAAUGGCCUCAAAUCUCUGUAAGGACUGCUUAGCAAUAACAAAAACAUUCCUCUGUUAUCAACACUGAUUUCAGUACAAAUCCAAGAUGUAGCCCCAUGCCAAUUACUAUAAAGAAAAUUAACUCUAUCCCAGCCAAAACCUGCACACUGGAAAAUAAGAACUUAAACCAAAUAAUUACGUAUUUUGGUGCAUGCAAAUGAGAAAAUGAUUUCUGCGCUUCCACCCUGGAAAUGGUUGUAUUUCAAUGGCAGCUGCUGCUGUCUACCACUACCCCAACAUCGCAAGGGCUCUGAUUUUUGUGUAUUGUCUGUACAUGCUGAAAACUUACUGCAGCACUAGCCCUUUCCACCCAGGUUCACUGGAUAAGCUGUUUGCUGAAAAACAGGACCUAAAAAUGAACAAAGUUCUUCCAACUCUCUCUGAGAUUUUUUUUUUUCUUUGCAAAAGGGCAAAAUUUCUUCUUUUGAAAAUCGGAACCCUGAUGUGACCUCAUUGCACAAAUAGCCUGAACAAGUAAGGCCAGUUGCUUAAUCAUUACUCAAAAGUUCUACAUCGUUACUCAAAGAAUGUGAUGGCUUGGUAUUGAUGUACUUAAGUGGGAAUUACUUGCCUCCCAGAGACUCCAUUUGCCAUGAAGGAGAUCUGCGGUCUCACCACCGCUCUGGGAAGCCUGGUAGCUCUGGUCCAGCUGGCUGUGCCUCCAUACUGGAAUAAGGUACAGGCAUCCAUGGUCUUCUGUCUCU